GUGGACACCUCUUGUCGUUGGUAUGUUGUCAAUACAACCGUUUCAAUUCUAACGCCUGCAGCUAGAAUUACCUGCUUCUACACUUCUCAUAAGAACAAUAAACAUCCCAUCUUCCAAAAAGAGCUGUAGACACGGAGGGGGCGGAGUCUUCUUCAGCAAGUGGGAGGAGAAUGGAGGGCAGCAUAUGAGCCUGAGCAGUGGAGAGACGCUCAGGUUAGUGUUCACUCGGCUCGCACACACAGAGGAGCCAACAGCAGCAGAUCAUCCUCACUCCACUCCGACCUGCUUCCCACAGAGGAGCUGAAGCUGUGUGAAGCUGCAACUGGUUUACGACUCGUACACAUGAUGACUGUGGGGGGCUCCAGCUGAGUUGCCGGGCGGCUUUUUGUUACGGCUCGCAGCUGGACGGCUGACAGUCUGGACCGAGGACGUAAGGAAAGGGAUCCUCACAGCUGUUGUGUUACCGGCUGAUCUACCGGACCUGGUUUUGGAUAAAGAGCUCCUGUUGGCUGCACUGUGGCUGACCGCUGACCCCAAUCCGCAGCCAAAGCACCUUCUGGGUCAGCACUGAGCUAAUAGAACUGGUCUGGCUGGGCCUGAUGUGGAAUUUGACCUGGACUGACCCCGUCCCACAAGUAGCCUUUCACUGAGCCUGGACUCAGGAUAAAAGAGCAAGAGGGGCGCCGGAGAAGAAAGGAGGAAGAGAAGUGAGAGCAGCAGCGCAGCGACUGCUCUUCCAGUAUGCCGGUGGAGACCCUGCGGCCCUCAGACGGCCGUCUGGCCGGGGCCCCCUUCACCUCUUCAAUGCCCUUCAGGAUACUUAACAAGGGUCCGGACUACUUUCGCCGCCAGGCUGAGCCUGGGGCCCGUAAACUGAGCGCUGUAGAGCGCCUAGAGGCCGACAAGGCCAAAUACGUGAAGAGCCAGCAGGUGGCCCUCACCCGACAGGCCCCCAUCAAACCACCAAUCAUCCGCAAGCCGCUCAUCCCUUCGGGGAUGAUGCUCCAGUACCAGGUCAGCACUCCUCCAGCCCGGAAAGUCCCCCGCUGCCCCGCGGAUGUGGAGAAUGGUGGAGGUAGAGAGGGACCAGGGGGGAGAAGAGGACCGGCUCUUAACUUGGAUAUUCUGAAUAAUCUCAUCAAUGAUGUCUGUGAUGGACCCAUGCCCUGUUCCCGGUCUUCCUCCUCCACCUCCCCCUCCUCCUCGUCCCCUUCGUCUGGAGCUAAGAGUAUCGGCAGCAGCCUGUCAGCGGACCAGGAGCGGAGCAACCGCCCGCUCAACAACCUCCAGCCUGUGAACCACUGCACCAUAAUCUCCUCGUCCACCUCCUCCUGCACCUCCUCUCCCCUCAACAACAACCUCCAGCCCCCUGCAGCAGAACUCACCCGCCGGCCGCCCCCUGUCCCGGCACGAGUCCCCCGCAUCGGGGUUCCAGCGCCGUACAGCUCCCCGAACUCGGUGACGGUGCGCAGGGUGGACGUCCGGCCCCAGGCGGAGAUCCGGAGGCCCCAGCGGGCGCUGCUGCAGCUCCGGCCCAGACAAACUGCACAGGGGCAGGUCGCACACCCCCAGGUCCCUCCCCCACCACCUCCCUCUCAGAACCCCCAGCUCACCACCACCCCCCCCAAAACUCUCCCCUCCCCUCCAGUCUACCUGCCUCUCAGCCCCAUGCUGGUGCGAGCUGGCAUAAUCCCCCCGGCCUCCCCCGCUUUUACCCGGAUAUCCAACGCCAGCUCCAAGGGCUCCGGCCGCAAGCACCCGUCCUUACACCGCUCCAAGUCAGACCUGAGCGACCGGUACUCCCGCGCCACGGCCGACCUGGAGCGCUUCUUCAACUACUGCGGGCUGGACCCGGGGGAGGUGGAGGGCAUGGGGGGAGUGGAGCGCUUCACCAGAGCAAAUUCAGACAUUGUGUCCGUCUCCAAGCUCCGCAGCGUCAGCACGCCCAGCUCGGAGUGCGGGGAGGAGAUGCUCCAGGCCAAGGAGGAGGCGGACGAGGAGGGUAGCACGGCCAGAGCCAACGAGCGAGUGCCCUACGGGAUCUCCGUCAUCGAGAGGAACGCCCGAGUCAUAAAGUGGCUGUACGGCAUCCGUCAGGCGCGGGACACAAACAGCGCCGUCUCUAACGUGUAGACUAAAACAGACUCGGAGGGAGUUGAAUAAAGAAAAGCAGGGAAGCAGAACUUUUUGUAUGUAUACAUACGUCUGAAGAAGGGAACGCCCAUCUUCUGCUGCCUUACACCACAUUAGGAUCAUCCAGCUGGUUUUUCUGCUGUUUCCUGUGAUGGCUCACACUCGUUUUGGGGCUGCAGGUCAGGGCUGCUUCCCUGCAGGAACUCUUUGUAUCUCUACCGGUAUACGAAAGCAAUAAUAGACUGGUGUAAAUGAUAAUGGUGGGGAUGAAGGCAGUGUGUGUGUGUGUGUGUGUGUGUGUGUGUGUGUGUGUGUGUGUGUGUGUGUGUGUGUGUGUGUGUGUGUGUGUGUGUGUGUGUGUGUGUGUGUGUGUGUGUGUGUGUGUGUGUGUGUGUGUGUGUGUGUGUGUGUGUGUGUGUGUGUGUGUGUGUGUGUGUGUGUGUGUGUGUGUGUGUGUGUGUGUGUGUGUGUGUGUGUGUGUGUGUGUGUGUGUGUGUGUGUGUGUGUGUGUGUGUGUGUGUGUGUGUGUGUGUGUGUACCACGUUGAUACUGUGAAACUUUGACAUAAAAAGCUUCUAUAAUACACAUUUGUAUGUUUUUGGGCUGUAAGACUGUUAUUAUCCCAUGUUCCGUCAGCAUGCGAGUGACACUUUGUACACAUUAAUUUUAACGGUCAUGUCAACGAAGCACACACAGAUAAUCAGUAAACAGCACAGACGUGCGUUCAGGUGAAUCAGAGUUGCUGUGGGAGCGGCUGCAGGGCGUGCUCUCACUGUGACCAUGGUUUUGGUGUCAGGAUGAAUCUGUUUACAGCGUAUGUCUCGGCAUGAAGGCGAGUCAUAAGGCGAGGGGAUGGAUGAAGUAAGUGAAGCAGGAGAAAGAUAUUGGCCUCCAGUAAGAGUGGAGAGGAAAUGAAAGGAUGGGUAAAAGAGGAUAGAGAAAAGAUAUAAGAAAGUGUCUCAGGAAGAUGGCAUACUAACGAAAAAAGGACCAAUAUUUAUUUGGAUAACUUAAUGUAUUUUUUAAUAUCAGAGACUUCGUGUACAGAAUCUUUGCUCUGAAGUGGAAUCUGCUCAUAUCCACUAACUCAAAUCCUGACACCAGUAAGUGUGAGUGUUGUAAACCGGGAACAUGAGACUGUAUUUAUUUGACUUCCCGUUUGGGAGCAAAGAGAGGGGGUCUGUCUCCCCCCUCCGUUCGUGUUCUCCACCCUCUUCAUCUAGCUUUAACUUCAGGAUGUUCUGUGCGAUCAACAGCCAGGUUUUCUUUUUCAUAGAGGAGCAGCAGCGUUCCGAUGGGAGGGGGGGGGGGGCUGGAGAACACGACGGGGAACAAAGCGUGCUGUUGAAUCCGGCACUGGAUGCCCAAAGAGUCUUCAAAUGAGAGAUCCAAAAUGUAUUCUCAACGAUUAAUAAAAAAUGUUUUAAAUGA